UGACAAUGGCUUUAUGAGAGGGCGACGAUUUUCCUACUUGAUUCCGAUUUCCUCAUUUCCUUUUCCUUUGAUCUGCACUCGACAUCAUCAUAAUCGUUCGUUUCUCUUUAUAUACCAAUUGCAUGCAUUUGGGCAGGAGUUUUUGGGGGAGGCAACAAGGGGCAUGAUGAUGCAGGCGACAGCCCUUUGGGAUUUGCUAGGAGGGAGCUCCGAUUUGAUAGCUCCUACUCUCGUCGAGCAGACCAACUCCGAGAGCAUUUCGUAUAAUACCAUAUACCCAAAUGAACAAAUCAUUCAAAAUCAAUCCACUCUCCUCGUCUUCAGAUUGCACGCACGGUGAAAAUACGAGUUGUCAGACCAAUUGCCACAGUACUAUUUCCACGAUCAGGUACCAACGCAAAUUUCACCAUGGCCGCUUGUGUGACUCCAUGAUCCGUACAUUAAUCCACGCCUCGUCUCAAACUCACAAUGCUCGUUCACCGACUUAUUUGCUCAUUUCAAGCGCCAAACGAAUCACCUGUCGAGAUUGCUGUUUGGGCCAUGAACACCUCACGAACCUCCGAUCAUGUGCCCCCACUUGGGUGACUCCCAAAUACCCAGUCCAAGGAAUUGAGGGCCCCAAACACGGUAGUUUACAACUCACCCGUGUCUCAGCAGGCCUGGGUACAGUUUUAACCCGGUUCAAUACCGGGGGAUGUAUGAGGCGAACUCGGACUGCUAUGUGUGCUGGCGUCGAUCCAAUUUCCCGCAUUAACCGUCACAGCCAGCACAGCCAGGACGCCGAACGGCCUUUUCCAUGCCUACCAUGAACACCACAUCGGCGCAUCUGCAGAUCGUGGCACCCGCGAUUGGAACCGAGCCCGGCCUUAUACUAAA